AUGGGCAAGUGCAUAGAGGACAGAGGCGGUGUGGUGUGUGCAGACAUCAGACACAGCAGAGGUAGUGAGAGGCAGGUGCGAGAAGAGGCACAUGUGGGAAUGGGCAGAGACGUGAAGGUGCAGAAGCAGAAAUGGGGAAAGGGGAAGGGUGGUGACCGGUGUGGACAGGGGAAGGGUGGUGACCAGUGUGGACAGGGGAAGGGUGGCGACCUGCGUGGACAGGGGAAGGGUGGCGACCUGCGUGGACAGGGGAAGGGUGGUGACCUGCGUGGACAGGGGAAGGGUGGUGACCUGCGUGGACAGGGGAAGGGUGGUGACCAGCGUGGACAGGGGAAGGGUGGUGACCUGCGUGGACAGGGGAAGGGUGGUGACCUGCGUGGACAGGGGAAGGGUGGUGACCUGCGUGGACAGGGGAAGGGUGGUGACCGGUGUGGACAGGGGAAGGGUGGUGACCAGUGUGGACAGGGGAAGGGUGGCGACCUGCGUGGACAGGGGAAGGGUGGUGACCUGCGUGGACAGGGGAAGGGUGGUGACCUGCGUGGACAGGGGAAGGGUGGUGACCUGCGUGGACAGGGGAAGGGUGGUGACCUGCGCGGACAGGGGAAGGGUGGUGAGCUGUGUGGAGAGGGGUUAGGGUGGUGA